AAGUCAAAGACAGAUCUUUGAAGCCAUUUCGGCCAUUGUGGAAAGUGGAAAGGACCUCGCCAAGAAAGGACAAAAUAAAGCAUUGAAAGACAAGGAAAAGGGACAAGACAACAACUGUCAAAUCUGCCAGUAACUCGCGAUUGUAGAGAUGGUCCAAUCGUGCUCAGCUUACGGAUGCAAAAACAGAUAUCAUAAAGACAGAAACAUUUCAUUUCACAAGUUCCCGCUAGCGCGGCCAGACGUGUGUGGGAAAUGGGUUGCAGCAAUGAGGAGAAACAAUUUCAAACCAACCAGAUACAGUAAUAUCUGCUCUCAGCAUUUCACUAAAGAUUGCUUCAAACCAGAGUGCAACAACCGAGUCCUGAAGGAGAAUGCUGUACCUUCUCUAUUCUGUUUCAGUAAACUACAAGUCAAGGCAGAGUCCUUGGCGGACCCGUUACCUCCAGAGAUGGACUUCUCUCUGACCCUCCCCUCCCUCCCCCUCUCUGACACAGAGGAGACCCAGCAGGAGAUACAGACAGAGACCCAUCACACUGUAGACCCCUUACCCCUGGUAGAGAACCUUCCCCACAGCAUGUCCAUCUCCUGUGACCACAACUACACCGUAGAGGACACGGUUCAGCAGAAGAAGAGGAUUGAGCAGCUGGAGGAACAGCUGGACAAGCUGAGGAAGAAGUUAAAGACCGUACAGCAGAAGUGUCGGAGGCAGGAGAGACAGUUGAAGAGGUUUAAGGCUAUCGGAGAGUUCCAGAGGAUGAACAGGGACCCGGCGCUAGGGGAGGGAUAUGUAAUUCUACCCCAACAGCUUUAUGACGCGCUCAAAGGGAUUGAGCCUGUAGAGGGUCCAUGAAGCCUCAAACACACCUAGCCUGGGUGCCAAGUCUGUGGAGUUGGCAAGACCACAAACCGGUCUGGGACCAGGCUGUAAUAGGCCAGGCUUACGGACCCUGGUUCUCUGGGUCUGCCUUCAGUGUAUUGGGGGAGGGCGGGGUUGUCCCAGGUUUAUCAGUCCCUGCUUUAUUAAAGGGUCAGUGUGAGGACUCUCACAUCACCUCUCCCAAUAGAGGUGUAGCGGAUGGCUAAGCUGUCUCCUACUACCUUUCUGAGACCUAUAGAACUACUGCCGUCCUGUAUCCAGACAUGUCUCGUCUAGGGGUCAGUGGUAUCUCGUCUAGGGGUCAGUGGUAUCUCGUCUAGGGGUCAGUGGUAUUGAUGGUGAUUUCCUGUGUUGUGUCCGUGUGGAACGUUGUAAUGCAAGCCGGUCGGGGUGUGUUCCACUUUUGUCACAGACAACCAACGACAGUAUUUUGUAGCAUUUCUAUUUCAUUUUCUUCAGGCUGUAAAGUUAAAGGGAAAAAUCCCCUCCAAGUACAAUAACUCUAUUUGAAGGGAUGGUUUUAGUGUGGUGGAGGGAGGAACACUUGUGUGUACUGUAUGUCAUUGUUUAGUAAUGUUAGUCAAUUUAUGCCUACUCCUGGACAAAAAAAAAUGGGAGGUUUGUAAUUGGCCGGGACUUUCUCUUCUACUGUAAUAUGAAAUCAUGUGACCCAACUGGUCAGCUGUCACUUUGACCUAUUGUUGCUGCUAGGCAACAACCUUGCAUCAGAGCAAAAAUGUUUCAAUAAAAAAUAGAAUUUUAAA